GUCUGUCAGUGACAGCGGGAGGGGGAGGGGGCCGGAGAUGGUGGUGGUGGCGGCGGCGGCGGCGGCUGCUCUUCCGACAUGAGGCAGCGGCUGCGGGAGGGCUGGCUGCGGGCGCAGCCGCAGCGGCAUUUGUAGCUCCGACAGGGCCCCUGGGGCGUGGGCGCGGCGUGCGGGCCGGCCGGCGUCGCGGGAGUCGGGCUCUGCUGCAACCCGCACAGCCGUCCUCGGAGGGGCCCGCGCAGCGCUCCGAGCUCUGCCCUGGGCGGGGGCGCGGCGCGUUCGGCUGCGGGCAGCAGGCCCUGCUAGACCGUCCGCUCAGACGGGCGGCCCUCGGGCUCCGCCAGCUCGCCGGCGGGGGCGCGGGCCAGGGUAGCCCGCUGGUGCUCCGCGGCGCGGGGACGGGACGCGGCAGGAGCCGCAGGUCGGCCCGCGCGCUUUGACGCACCGGGCGCCUCUGCGGCAGGAUGAAGCGCUGCUCGCCUCCGGCCGAGUUGUUUUUGCGAAAGCCGCUCCCGGUGCCCCGAGCGCUCAAGGUCUGAACUUCCCUUUGGAGCCGCAGUUGGAGGCGCGCGGCUAGAGGCCAGCAGCGGGCGACGGCGCCCGAGGGGAGCGCAGCGCAGCGCAGCGCGCCCGGGACUCAAGACUCAGCGCCGCCGAGGCACGGGAACCCCGGGAGCACCAGGUACCUCUGACCCGAUCGGGAAAGGUUCCAAGAGCUCGGCAACAUGGCUUCCUCACCCCACCAGCAGCUGCUGCAUCACCAUAGCACCGAGGUGAGCUGCGACUCGAGCGGAGACAGCAACAGCGUGAGGGUCAAGAUCAACCCUAAGCAGCUGUCCUCCAACACCCACCCGAAGCACUGCAAGUACAGCAUCUCGUCCAGCUGUAGCAGCUCGGGAGACUCCGGGGGGCUUCCCCGGAGGAUGGGCGGCGGGGGUCGCCUGCGCAGGCAGAAGAAACUGCCCCAGCUGUUCGAGAGGGCCUCCAGCCGGUGGUGGGACCCCAAAUUCGACUCCGUGAACCUGGAGGAGGCCUGUCUGGAGCGCUGCUUCCCGCAGACCCAGCGCCGCUUCCGGUACGCACUCUUCUAUGUGGGCUUCGCCUGCCUUCUCUGGAGCAUCUACUUCGCUGUCCACAUGAGAUCCAAAGUGAUUGUCAUGGUGGUCCCGGCUCUGUGCUUCCUGGUGGUGUGUGUGGGCUUUUUCCUGUUUACUUUUACCAAGCUGUACGCCCGGCAUUAUGCGUGGACCUCACUGGCUCUCACCCUGCUGGUGUUCGCCCUGACCCUGGCUGCGCAGUUUCAGGUUUGGACACCUCUGUCAGGACGUGUUGACAGCUCCAAUCAAACGCUCACAGCCAAGGCGGCGGACACUUGCUUAUCUCAAGUGGGGAGCUUCUCCAUGUGCAUCGAAGUGCUCUUUCUGCUCUACACGGUCAUGCACUUACCUCUGUACCUGAGCUUGUUUUUGGGGGUGACCUAUUCUGUCCUUUUCGAGACCUUUGGGUAUCAUUUCCGAAAUGAAGACUGCUUCCCCUCCCCGGGACCUGGGGCCCUGCACUGGGAGCUGCUGAGCAGAGCCCUGCUCCACGUGUGCAUCCACGCCAUCGGAAUCCAUCUGUUUGUCAUGUCUCAGGUGAGGUCCAGGAGCACCUUCCUCAAGGUGGGACAGUCCAUUAUGCACGGCAAAGAUCUGGAAGUAGAAAAAGCCCUCAAAGAGAGGAUGAUUCAUUCUGUGAUGCCAAGAAUCAUAGCUGAUGACUUAAUGAAACAAGGGGACGAGGAGAGCGAGAAUUCUGUCAAGAGGCACACCACCUCCAGUCCCAAGAACAGGAAGAAGAAGUCCUCCAUACAGAAAGCACCUAUAGCAUUCCGCCCUUUUAAGAUGCAGCAGAUCGAAGAGGUCAGUAUUUUAUUUGCAGACAUUGUGGGCUUCACCAAAAUGAGUGCCAACAAAUCCGCUCAUGCCUUGGUAGGUCUCCUCAACGAUCUGUUUGGUCGCUUUGACCGGCUGUGUGAGGAGACCAAGUGCGAGAAGAUCAGCACCCUGGGAGACUGUUACUACUGCGUGGCAGGCUGUCCGGAGCCCCGUGUGGACCAUGCCUACUGCUGCAUCGAAAUGGGCUUAGGCAUGAUAAAAGCCAUCGAGCAGUUCUGCCAGGAGAAGAAGGAGAUGGUCAACAUGCGUGUCGGGGUUCACACAGGGACUGUCUUAUGUGGUAUCCUGGGCAUGAGGAGGUUUAAAUUCGAUGUGUGGUCCAAUGAUGUGAACUUGGCUAAUCUCAUGGAGCAGCUGGGAGUGGCUGGCAAAGUUCACAUAUCCGAGGCCACUGCAAAAUACUUAGACGACAGGUAUGAAAUGGAAGAUGGGAGAGUUAUGGAGCGCCUUGGCCAGAGCGUGGUGGCCGACCAGCUGAAAGGUUUGAAGACAUACCUGAUAUCGGGCCAGAGAGCCAAGGAGUCUCACUGCAGCUGUGCAGAGGCCCUGCUUUCUGGCUUUGAGGUCAUUGACGGCUCACGGGCGUCCUCAGGCCUUAGGGGACAGGGGACAGCAUCGCCAGGGAGUGUCAGUGACUUGGCCCAGACUGUCAGAACCUUUGAUAACUUUAAGACUUGCCCUUCUUGUGGAAUCACAUUUGCUCCUAAAUCUGAAGCUGGUGCAGAAGGAGGAACUGUGCAAAAUGGCUGUCAAGACGAGCCUAAGGCCGGCACCAAGGUAACAAGCUCAUGGCUGUUGUUCCUGUCAGUACCUCUCCUGGCGCAUCCACCUAAGGCUUCCGAAGGACCCAACUCCAAAACCCAGAACGGACUCCUGAGCCCUCCUCCAGAGGAGAAGCUCACCAACAGCCAGACCUCCCUGUGUGAGAUCCUGCAGGAGAAGGGACGAUGGGCAGGUGUGAGCUUGGACCAGUCAGCCCUCCUCCCGCUGAGGUUCAAGAACAUCCGUGAGAAAACGGAUGCCCAUUUUGUGGAUGUCAUCAAAGAAGACAGCCUGAUGAAAGAUUAUUUCUUCAAGCCACCCAUCAAUCAGUUCAGCCUGAACUUCCUGGAUCCGGAGUUGGAGCGAUCCUACAGAACCAGUUACCAGGAAGAGGUCAUAAAGAAUUCUCCUGUGAAGACUUUUGCCAGCGCCACCUUCAGUUCCCUCCUGGAUGUGUUUCUGUCCACCACGGUGUUCCUGAUCCUCUCCAUCACCUGCUUCCUAAAGUACGGAGCCACGGCCACUCCACCCCCACCCGCUGCCCUGGCCAUCUUUGGUGCAGACCUGCUGCUGGAGGUGCUGUCCCUAGUAGUGUCCAUCAGAAUGGUGUUCUUCCUAGAGCAUGUCAUGAUGUGCACAAAACGGUCGCUGGAAUGGAUCGCUGGCUGGCUCCCUCGACACUGCAUAGGGGCCGUCCUGGUUUCUCUCCCUGCCCUGGCUGUCUAUUCACACAUCACCUCUGAGUUUGAGACAAACAUACAUUCCACCAUGUUCACGGGCUCUGCGGUGCUGGUGGCUGUGGUGCACUACUGUAACUUCUGCCAGCUCAGCUCCUGGAUGAGGUCCUCCCUCGCCACCAUCGUGGGGGCUGGGCCGUUGCUUCUGCUCUACAUCUCCCUGUGCCAGGACAGUUCCAUAGUGAUGUCACCCUUGGAUACAGCACAGAACUUCAGUGCCAGCAGGAACCCAUGCAACAGCUCACUGCUACCGGACAGCAGGAGGCCGGCCAGCCUCAUAGGCAGGGAGCUCAUUCUCACCUUCUUUCUCCUGCUGCUCUUGGUCUGGUUUCUCAACCGAGAGUUCGAGGUCAGCUACCGCCUGCACUACCAUGGGGACGUGGAAGCGGAUCUGCACCGCACCAAGAUCCAGAGCAUGAGGGAUCAGGCUGACUGGCUGCUGAGGAACAUCAUCCCCUACCACGUGGCUGAGCAGCUGAAAGUCUCCCAGACGUACUCCAAGAACCACGACAGUGGAGGCGUGAUCUUUGCCAGCAUCGUCAACUUCAGUGAGUUCUACGAAGAGAACUACGAAGGGGGCAAGGAGUGCUACCGGGUCCUCAAUGAGCUGAUCGGGGACUUUGAUGAACUUCUGAGCAAGCCAGACUAUAACAGCAUCGAGAAGAUCAAGACCAUUGGGGCCACAUACAUGGCAGCAUCGGGGCUGAACACUGCCCAGUGUCAGGAGGGCGGCCACCCACAGGAGCAUCUGCGGAUCCUUUUUGAAUUCGCCAAGGAGAUGAUGCGUGUGGUUGAUGACUUCAACAACAAUAUGUUGUGGUUCAACUUCAAGCUCAGGGUUGGCUUUAACCACGGACCCCUGACAGCAGGUGUCAUAGGUACCACCAAGCUGCUGUAUGACAUCUGGGGGGACACCGUCAACAUCGCCAGCAGGAUGGACACCACCGGUGUUGAGUGCCGCAUCCAGGUGAGCGAAGAGAGCUACCGUGUGCUGAGCAAGAUGGGUUAUGACUUUGACUACCGCGGGACUGUGAACGUCAAGGGGAAAGGGCAGAUGAAGACCUACCUUUACCCAAAGUGCAUGGACAAUGGGCUCGUGCCCCAGCACCAGCUGUCCAUCUCCCCAGACAUCCGUGUGCAGGUAGACGGCAGCAUUGGACGGUCUCCCACGGACGAGAUUGCCAACUUGGUGCCUUCUGUUCAGUACUCAGACAAGACUUCCUUGGGAUCGGAUGACAACACACAGGCCAAGGAAGUGCAUCUGUCCUUUAAGAGGCCCUGGAGAGAGCCGGCCAAAGCUGAGGAAAGGUUUCGGUUUGGAAAAGCCAUAGGGAAGGAGGAGUGCAAAGACACGGGAAUAGAAGAGGCCAAUGAGCUCACCAAGCUCAAUGUCUCCAAGAGUGUAUGAGGCGGCAUGGCGAGCUGACGAGGUGCUCCGUUCAUCCACACACAAUAAUAUUUGUACUGACCGGCUGGCGUGCUCUCUAGCCCCUCAGUUCCUGUUCCCGGAUGUGGUGUCAUGUGGUCAUUUCAGCCCUGAUCUCUGUGUGGAUCACAGUUAUCGGGGUCCAUUUCCACCCUCUCUUCUUUCCUUUUCUCCCUUUCCUGGAAGCCUGCCCCCAGCCUGGGGGAUCCGUUCAGCUGUGGAGGAAUACAAGUGCCUUCAGGGUUUGGCCUUGAGUCUAUGGCUGAGGCCACUGGUGGAAUCAUGGCCCUGGGUAUUAUUUGACUUCUUUAGGGGAAAAAAAGAAAACAAGAAAAAAAGAAAAAAAAAGCUGUGGUUAAGAUACCGUUUUUAUUGCCUUUUCUCACAAGUUUUUUUCCUCAUACAGUGUUUUCCAGUUUAUUUUUUCUAUAAACGUAAUAGUGUUUUCAGUCACCUGGCCUUUCUAAGCACAUACACGCACACACUUGCAUUUAUGAAUCUGACAUAAAGUGCCAGUAACUCAUCUGGGGGAGGGGCUAUAAAGGGGAGCAGGGCUGGGAAGGUCAGCAAGCCCCCUCCUGGCAUCUCUGGGUACCUGGGCCCAUGAACACUGGGCAGUUUCAGGGGCUCAUCUGCACGCAGGCCAGGAUUUCCUAUACUCACCAGGCACAAAGCUCACAAACCAGGCCUCAGGAAUCUCAAAGCCGUGUUUCAUCCUGAUCCUCCACAGAGGGGUCUUCCAGCCAAGAGCGAAGAUGUUCGUCUCAGAAGCCGACUCGCCUGAGGGAGACACUCAGCCAUCUGAGGGUUGCGUUUAUUUAUUUAUUUAUUUGUCAAAACGUGUAUUAUGGGGAGGGGGCACAGGGUAGUUUUGGUAGAGGGAAACGGAGUGGGCAGGGCAGUUUGCAGAGGACACAGCAGAUCAAUGACAAGAUAUCCCUCAGCGUUUCAUGUCUCAUCCACUGUGGCCUGUGGUGCCUCCCAGGGUGCUGCUCCCCCUUGUGGGGAUCCGGAGUAAAACUGGCUCUGCUCCAAGUGGGAUUUGGCAGCCCUUUUGUCCAGUCCUGCCACUGUUGAACUGCUGAUCUGCAGUAAGAUUUAACUCUGCUGGCCAAGUCAGACUCUCUAGAGGGGUUUCUUACUGUGCACCGAUGGGGGGACAGAACCAUCUGUAUGCCAAAGGAGGUGCAGACAGCCAGACACGGAGAAGCUAAGGAAAAUGGUUGUUAGCCUUGCUUGGAAUUGUCUUUCCAUGCUGAGUCUCCAGUUUGUGCUGAUUGGAGCUCAGGCUACAGGUGCCCUGUCGUCGUCAUUUUCCAGGUGACGCUGGUGUGCAGCUCAGAGGCAGCCGAGGGCCAGCUCUGUUUGGUGGGGGGUCUCGUGCCGUGCCCUGUGGUGUGUCCUUUCACUGGUAAACCUCACUGUAUAAUUGUCACAUUGUUACUCACGCCCAAAGACAGACAGAACCUGCUGAUGCUAGCGAGGUGACAUCUUAGUUCUAGUCAGCAACUUCCCCUGGGACUCCUGGGAUGGCCACCCAAGCAUCACAGCCAUGCCAGGCCCCGAGUGGACCUAGUGACUGGGAGACUUUCCAUCCCAGUUGGCUCCCUGUUGGUCUUCCAACUCGAAAAACAGACAGUUGUGACAAUACCUCUUGCUUCUAAAGAAUGUAUUCUUGUACAAUGCCACAGAUUUUUUUUCUUAAAAACACUACCUGAUUCUUUCCUAGGAUUUAGGGCAUGUUGGGUUUCUGCCUGUCAGUAUUAGGGCGUGCGCUCUCUGAGUGAGUGCCGGUCUUGUUCUGCCUCUAGGCUGCAUAGCCGAGGAGCUAGCUGGUUGUCGGUGUCCUUGCAGUCCUGGGUAAGAUGUGCUCUACCAAGUUCAUCUCUACGCACAUUUUCCCUCCCAAACUCUUCUUCCUUUCUCUGCUACAAACGCGUUUGUGAUUCUUUCCUGCCCUCCCCCUAACCAUAGACCUGCAAACCAGCUGGAGAGAAUCGUUGGCCUUGAGCAGGUAGUCCAGUUGGGCAUUGUACAAACAGAGCCCUGGAUGAAGGGCAGCUCGCGCUGGGUGCAAUGCUCUUAGGAAACACCCUGAGCCUUCCUGAAGAACCACAGACAUUCUUUCUUCUUUCAGGGUGCCAGGCCCCCGAGGCCUUCCCAGCUCCCUGCCCCAAAGCAUACCUCAACACAGAAUCACGGGCUCUGCAGCACGCCUGCUGCGCAGCCUGGUCUGUUGGCAUUGAACAAACAGCUGGAGACAGUUGGGCUUCUAGGCAGUGGACUCGGUGUCCUUCGGGUGGCAAUACUUCUUAGGAACCUAGGGCAGGAAGCAAUACUCCAGAACUGAAUGUGUGUAAAUAGUCACUUGGCGUUGCAAUUGCGCUUCCCUUCUCGGUCCCGGCUCAGAGCGAUUUUAUACAUCAGUUAUCCCACGCAGAUGAGCAUAGAGCAUCAGUUAUAAGCCCCUAAGCUGCUUGCCGAGCCCACAGACUGUGCCACGCCUGCGCAUGGCUCCCUUCACUCUGGCUUCACUCCUGGGGACUGCACCUGCACAUGUGCACAUGACACAGAGCCAAAGGCAGUGUGCAACCAUCACCUGGGCUGUAGGCACCGGUACUUUCCAAAGAAAAGUCUGCGCUUGAAUCUCUUGAUUUUCAAGGUCAGCAUUUUUUGAUUGGUUGUUUUGAAAAUCGCAUCAUGCCUAGAUCCUGAAAUUAAAUUAGCAAGAACCAACUGUUUGUGUUUCCAUGUUUCCUUUGCUCUGCUCUUUUUAACUUGUUAAUUCUAAGAAUUUCAAAAUGCAUCCACUGAAAAAAUGGAUAUUAAAAUACUCUAAAACUUAACUUUGGUGCAUGGUAUUUUCUCAGUGAAAAGCAUGAUACGACCUUAGAUUAGGCCCGCCCUCCGCCCACCCCUGGUAUUGUCUGCAACUUUUAGCCAAAACAGGAAGAUUUAUUUUUCAUUUCCAUCAUGGCUUUAAAAAUAGGAAAAAGCAAAAUUCCAGUUUUGUUUGUUUCUGGGGCAAUAUUAUUUUUAUUAUUAUUAUUAUUAUUAUUAUUAUAUUGAUGAAUUCACCUACUGCAGUCAACUUUAAUUGAGAAAUACUUAUUUUUACACAGAACAUUACAGAUCAGGCUAUAGGACACAUUGUACAGUUGACAAUUCCCCUGCUUCAUUAGGAGUUGAUUGUGCAGCAUCUUAGUGGAGGGACUGACUAAGAGAACACAACAGGGUUUCUGAAAAGACGCCCCAGACGCACGCAUCUCACGGCGACUGGUGACUGCGGGCCAGGAUGCUGCUGCCUCCUGCUCUUCUAGGCCCCAUUUCCAAAUCUGCUGGGUGCAGAACUCACUGCACUUGGUGACCACACCUGUUAUCCGCUACUUAGGAGAUAGUGAAGGGAAGAUCAGGAGUUCAGCAUCAGGUUCGCUACAGAGUUCAAGACCAGCCUGGGCUACGUGAGACCCUGGUUUUGUUUGUAAGUUAUGGAAUCUCUCCCCAGAAAAGCUCAUGUGCCAUUUUGUACACAUCUUUAAAGGUUUGCAGUGCUUCUAAAUCUGCAGCCAGAGCAUGGCUCUUUCAGGGUGUAGAACCUCUUCCCCCGAAGUCUUUUCCUGGUUGGUCAAGUGUUGGUUGGUGAGCAACAUAAAGGUCCGCUGAGAGCCAGCGUACACCUCACUGACCAGGGUGCUUCCCUGCCCGGCAGUGCUGCGUGCUUCUGCAGGAGCCUCCCCAAGUGCGGAAGAUCACAGGAACAUGCGCUUAGGCUACAGAGGGCACGUGGGGACUGAGACAUCUUUGCAGACCAGAAAGGCAGCCUCUAAUCUCUGCAGUACGACUUAUCAUUUGUGGUUUUUCUUUCAUCUCCGAUCUCUUUUGCACAUGGUUGCUUCUCUUUGCCGUUGCACACUGUUGUUAUGGACCAGAUCCCAAGGACCUGGGAAAAAAAGCUGACUGGAGGAACCAGCAAGUGAAAGGGGGUGUUUUAAAAGUUCUUAUUUGCAUAUUGUCUACAUGUACAUUUAAAAUCAUCCCAGGUGUGUCUUUGCUUUACAAAAAAUGUAAAAGCCUGACUCUAAAGAGUUGUUAGUAUCUGAGUAACUAAGCCUGUGGAACUCUCUUCCACUGAGCCUGCAAGUCAAUGGAAACUGAAAUUAAGCAAUCCAAAUGUCUGUUGUUGAAUCCUCACUUAUUAAAAGCAGGAGAUUCUUUAUAUUUUAUGUUUUUUUUUCCCCUCAGGAGCCUUUAGUAAUUUGAUUAAAGUUGUGGCCUCUUUCCUUUGAAAAAAGAAGUGCACAUAAAACUCCACUUUGGGGGCUGAGCAGGCGGCUCAGCCAGAAAGCGGAUGCCUUAAAGUGUGAACACCGGAGUUCUGCUCCCUGGAAAUGCCGGGUGGGUGUGGCACCCCUCCUGUAAUCCUGGUACAGCCGAAGCAAAAACAGGGAUUCCCCAAAGCAAGCUACCAAAAUCAGUGAGCUCUGAGGUCAGUGGGAGACCCCAAAGGCAAAGGCACCCAGCACCAAUCUACACACACACACACACACACACACACACAGCAUUCCACAUGAGUAUGAACAAAAUCCUCCCUCUUAAUAAUGCAUAAGAUUUCAAUUCAUGGAUCAGCAAACUACCCCUUACCUGUAAUAACCAGAGGGUCGAUGAGUUCUAAUUCUGACUUGUAGGCAAGGCCUUCACCAUCUGUUUAAGGAUCCCCACUUGGAAAUAAUGGAGUUAAAUAAAUUUUUUUUCAAAAUUAUAAUUUACAGUUUUAUGUGUGUGAUUUAAAUAUAUUUGAGGACCCUCAAAUUCUCAUCAUUUAAUUAUCAAUUUAGUUAAAUUACUUGUAAGAGAUGAGUAAAUUUCAUCCAGAAUUUAUUGAGCUCCUACUGUGUGCCAGAGGCCCCAGAGUUUCCUUGGUGUGGGCCCUUUGAUUUGUUAUGUGCUUGAGAGCCUUUGAGAGGCAGCUCUGGGUAGAAACAACCUUUCCCGAUGGCUACCCCAGACACUCAGCUCCCUGGAGUACACAGUAAUGUCCGUUUCCUGACUGGCAUAUUCAGGCAGGGCUCCUGAGUGCCACCCAUAAUUCUUAGUGGGUCUGCCACUGAACACAAUUCUCUCACUGCUGACAAGCAGUCACGCGGCUCCAUGUUGAUUUUGUUGGGUGAGUCAGGAGUGACCUAGCACCCAUAAGAGCCUCCGUCCCACCUUGAAAACAGUUGCUGGUUGACCAGGUGUCUGCUAGGCUCACCUGAAUGUCUCUGAAGGGAAGAGACAUUUUCUGAAAAACUGCAAUCAAGUGUCUUCUUCAGGUUAAAAAAAAAUGAGAUAGGGUCUUUCUAUGAAUCCCAGGCCAGCCUGGACCUUGCUAUGUAGAUCAGGUUAACUGUGAACUUGUGGUGAUCCUCCUGCUUCAGCCUCAUUUUCCUCACCACAAAGAAGUCUUAUCAUUCCAGGUUGGGUAGGGUCAGGAAGGAAGGAGGGUAUGGGUUUGGUCGCUACUUUGAAGUUCCCAUCACCAGGGAGGGGUGUGACAUGCUCAGAGAAGGGCCCAGAAGUGGUCAAUAGUUACAGCUCCCUAGGCACAGGCUGUUAGGUCUCAAACAAAGUGGACUCUGGCCUCCAGUCUCCCUCGGUCCCUACCUGUUACAGGGUUCUCAUGGCUAGAAUCCCCACCCCCUGGCUAGCAUCCCCAGCCCAGAGGUUGGCUGCCCUUCCCCCAUCUUCUCUAAUUCCAAUAUAUCCCCAGUCAUUUUGCCUCUUGGCAGCUGGCUCUUCUUGGUUUCUGAUCUCCUGGCCUUUUGGAGUUUGGUUCUCCCUUCCCACUUCCCCCACGUAGCCUGUUCAGCUCCGCUGGCCAUGUUCACUCUGAGCUCUUCUAGGUGCCUCUGCCUGUGCUCUCCCUCAUACUUACAAUACACCUUCUCUGCACCAUAUCUCAGGGCGCCAUGUCCUCAUUUUCAUUAUUUUGUUCACAAACAUUGUCCCCUUCAAGACACACCUGAGAAGCUGCCUGCACUCCACCCCCUCGGGACCACUGCUGUCUAGUUCUUCCUGUCUCUUCUGAUUGUCCUACAGGACACUUCCGGUUUCAAGCUAGCCCAGCUUUCAAUCACUCUUGGCUCCCGCUCUCUCUUGGGAUCUUUGUCUCAGGAACGCAAAGCCUCAUGAAGCCUCAGGACAUGCGCGGUUCUCCACUUACCCACCCACCUCUGCACUCAUUGCUGGUCUCCUCUGCUGCUCUCCUGUUUGGAUGGGGAGCAUCAGCUAGACCUUAGCAACAGGGGCUAGACCUUAGCAACAGGGUGGGCAGGCACUGUUGUGAUGUUACGCAGUAUUGAUUUCAUGGGCUGGAGAGCUGAUCAGAGGCUAAGAGUGCUUCUUAACUUGAGUUCAAUCCCCAGCAACUCCGCGGUGGUGCACAACCACCUGUAAUGAGAUCCGCCACAGUUGUCCUGGCAGCUGCGAGGGAGCCUUUAACAGAAGAGGGGAAACUGGAUGUGGAUGAAGAACGGGUCACUCGAUCCAGGGAAAAUACAACCAAGCUCUACCCUUCCGCAGCUUGGAGUCCUGAAAACUGCAUCUUGGAGUGAGCCAGACACCACCAGACAAGCACAGCAGUCAUGGCUCCCAUGAACCUUUUCUAGUCACAGCGUUAAACCAAAGAACUCAUGAUGCUGUGGAUGAACCCAAACAGAAAAGCAAAGCCUUAACAGAUUCUUUUUGGUGUGGACAGAUGACUCAAUGGUUAAGAGUAUGUUCUACUCCUGCCAAGGACCUGUGUUCAGUUCCCAGCACCCACAUCAAGCUGAUUACAACUGUGUGUAACCCCAACUUCAGGGGACCUGACACCCUCUUCUUCCUCUGAGAGCACCUUCACUCACGUGGCAAACACAUGCAAAUAAAUCAUGAUUUUUAAUGGUAACAACCUGUGUCUCUCUUGAAGGUUUUAGCCUGCCACUGCUUGCACCUAUACCUCACACCACCAUAACUCAGGGCACAGGGUCGUUGUGGUGUGUGCCUUGUCAGGCAUGACAUUGUCAGAGUUGAGAAUGUCUUUAUGCCUCCGGAGGGACAAGGUGAGCAUGUGCUAUAAAGUGCAUUUGUUGCACACUUUGGGACUUCCCAUCCAUGGCCGUCGCACACUCUUGUCAUUAAAUAAAUGACAGAAGGUUAUAAACAACCCGGGUAGCUUUUUUUUUUUUUAAAUCACUGUUUUCUGGAAACGAGCU